AAGCAAUCUCUAAUCACACAGAUAGACAGUCAGUCAAAGUUUACUCAAUUUCCACCAAGAAAUAACUUCAAAUUAACGAAUUAAAUCAAAUCCAGCAUGAACAAGGAAGCAGCUUUAACCAUGAUGAACAACCCUCUGAAAAUAUCUCCACCGCUCUCAUCAUCCUCGGUGCCCCUUUAUUAUGGAUUUAUUGUAGAGAGAAACAGAAAGUAAGAAAGAAAGAGAAACAAAGUAAAAUGAGUAGAACGAGAGCUCAAAAGGAGGACAAGGCAGGGCCUUUCUUCUUAGCCACACUUGUGCUCUGGUUCGUCUCCGUUUUGUUCGAAAUUCUGUUCCACAGGCGCUCGCAGCUGCUCUCGAUAGUCGCUGGCUGUUUCUUUUACCAAUUGGCCAACUGGGUUGUUCGCUCUUUCGUCUCCCGCGACCCUCUCUUUGUCAACACCUCUGUUUCUCUACUCCACUCCACCAUAACCUCCUCUUCAGUGAUAUUUAUUUUGGCUAAUCAGUGGUUAAAAAAUGGUUCGAUUGGCAUAUUUGAGCACUCUCAGUUGUUUGGAGGUACUUGGCCAUGGGCAUACCCAGCUUUGUGUUUUUCGUGCGGUUACUUUGCAUAUGAUCAGUGGGAUAUGCUGCAUUAUGGAUUAUAUAGUGGUUGGAUCCCUUCCAUCCUGAUGCAUCAUCUGAUACUCCUCAUUUGCUUUACUCUUGCUUUGUAUCGGAAUGUGACCAUCAAUUACCUUAUUCUCACUCUCAUUUGUGAGCUGCAUUCUAUCUUUCUGCAUGUGAGGAAAGUGCGGCGGAUGGCAGGUGUUCGCGAUGCCAAGAGCAAAAUUGUAAUGGCAGAAUGGGUUCUUAAUCUGGUCACCUACAUUGUAGCAAGGGCUGGAGCUCACCUUCUCAUCACCGCCAAGCUCAUCUGGGAUGCUCCCAAAUUCGGAAAGGGCAUUGAGCUGCCUCUUGCAUUGUUUGGGAUGUUCGGAAUGAACUUUCUGAAUGCCUUUCUUGGCAUCGAUCUCUUCCGUGCAUUCAAGAGAGAGAGGAAUCCUCAGAGUACUAAUAGUCAUCAUGAGUGACAAAGUAAAGGCCAAAAAAUAGUUACAGAUCUUUUUCGUUGUGUUGGUUUUUUUUUUUUUGGUCGGAAUUUUGUUUGUGUUGUUUAUUUCAUUGAUUUUGCACAUAAAUGGUUGUUGACGAAAAGAGUGAGUUAUUCAUGUGAGGAAUCCGCAGUGUAAAUUAUGCGAGCGAGAGUAUAUGAAGGCAUGGUUUGUUUCCCUUGAUA